GACCUGGACUCGCCUCCCUCGACACAGCGAGCCAGCCGGUACCACGAACGGCACGCAUACCCGCCUAUAUUAUACCUUAGAUACUCAACCGACGCCUAGGAUGGAAUCCGCACAGUCGCACGCGCAGGGCUCGCUGAGCUGGCGCCUCAGCUCCCACCCGAUCACUCUCCUCACCUUCCUGGCAUUCCGAACCUCGUCCCUCCUCGUGUACCUCUUCGGCUUCCUCUUUACCGGCAACAUGGUGCUCAUCUUCAUCAUCACCAUCCUGCUGCUCGCCGCCGACUUCUACUACCUCAAGAACAUCGCGGGGCGGCGCCUCGUCGGCCUACGCUGGUGGAACGAGGUCGAUACCAACACGGGCGACAGCCGCUGGGUCUUCGAGAGCAGCGACCCCAACACCCGCACCAUCAACGCGACCGACAGCCGCUUCUUCUGGCUCGCCCUCUACGCCCAGCCGCUGCUCUGGGUCGGGCUCGCCAUCCUCGUCCUCGUGCGCCUCAAGUUCAUGUGGCUACCGCUCAUCGCCAUCGCCCUCACCCUGACCAUAACGAAUAGCCUCGCCUUCUCGCGCUGCGACAAGUUCAGCCAGGCCACGAACAUCGCCGGCAGCGCCCUCUACUCGAGCAACCUCGCCAGCGGCAUCGCAACCAACAUGAUCGGCCGCUUCUUCACCUUCGGCCGCUCGUAGCCCGCGCGCCGCCGCAAUCACGAUAUCCUUGCUACCGGUUGUGUGGUUGGCAUUUUGUGUACUAUUAGAUCGCGGGCCCGCGUCGUCGGACAUUCUCGAAAAGAGGAAAAGAAAGGGGUGUGAGGGGGGCGAGGGGAGAGACCGAACAUUCAGGACAGGGCAGGGCAGGUCGGGGAGGUUGCGUCAGACGGGAGUUCUAUCGGGUCAUGUUCACACAGGAUGGAAUUGUGUUCAAAUAUUCACUGCCUGUGGCCAA